AUGCUUUUCUUUGUUUUGCGAUCGCUCGUGCAGAAGAGAAAAUAUUACGGGGUCGGUUGGGAGGGAACUGUGGUCCCAUAUUCCUCGGAAAAUCUGCGGGAAUUGAGAACUGUGGCCCCAUAUUCCUCGGAAAAUCGGCGGGAAUUGAGAACUGUGGCCCCAUAUUCCUCGGAAAAUCGGCGGGAAUUGAGAACUGUGGCCCCAUAUUUCUCAGGAAAUCGGCGGGAAUUGAGAACUGUGGCACCAUAUUCCUCGGAAAAUCGGCGGGAAUUGAGAACUGUGGUUCCAUAUUCCUCGGAAAAUCGGCGGGAAUUGAGAACUGUGGCCCCAUAUUCCUCGGAAAAUCGGCGGGAAUUGAGAACUGUGGCCCCAUAUUUCUCAGGAAAUCGGCGGGAAUUGAGAACUCGUUCACUUCUGCACAAUAUCUAUCUAUCUAUCUAUCUAUCUAUCUAUCUAUCUAGCCAAAUUAAUUCUAUCUAUCUAUCUAUCUAUCUAGCCAAAUUAAUUAUAUCUAUCUAUCUAUCUAUCUAUCUAUCUAUCUAUCUAUCUAGCCAAAUAUAUUCUAUCUAUCUAUCUAUCUAUCUAUCUAUCUAUCUAUCUAUCUAG